CUGGAACUUCGCCGCCGUCAGUCACUUCCAGUCCUACUUCCAUGCGGCGUGUUUCGUGUUUCGGGUGUUACUUUUCGUCUAGGUGUAAACAUUUCUAAUUAGUGUUGUGUUUUCGGUGCAGUAGUUCCUUCCACUCUUCGUUAUCAGUCGCGUAGUGCUAAUCGACAAUAUCUCAAGUGCGCUUGUUACCGUUAAAGGUCGCUGUUCUUUUUUUGGCCAAUCACUUGUAUCAAUAAAUAAUUAGGGGCUAUCGCUCCGUGUUUAUUUCGAGACAUACAUUAAUUCGAGAAAGCAGUGAGGAGCAGGAGAGCAGUGCGUUGCCAGUUUUUAUCAUUUGCCAGGAAGGCAAGAGGCGCAAUCCACCAGCAGCUGUGCCAGAAACGGAAGCCAGGAAGGCACGUCGGUCGAGGCGAUUGCAUUUGACUGCGGAGGAUUUUGAAUCGGAGUCCGAGUCCGAGUCCGAGUCCGAAAGUUCUUUAGUCAGCAGCCGAAGAAGCGGAGGAUAAUUCACAUUUUUCCCACGGCACUGGCAACGAAAUGGCUUUCCUAUGUGCACCGCUGGCCAGAGUAAUGACAUGGCGACCAUUGGUGACCUCUCGAUGAUCUCACCGCCCACGUCUUCCAUCUCGAACGACCAAGAUCCGUUUGGACAGCUGCCCCCGCUGCCGCCGCCACUGCGUUCCACCCAAGUGCUCCAGCCACUGAGCGUGUUUCCAGUGUCCAAUUUGAGCGAAGAUUCCUACGAUUAUGUUUUUGGUGGUCGACGUAAGACUCCGCCCACAACAACGUCUACACAACUCAAGCUGACCUCACCGCCCGUGCGUUUGCGACCCGAAGACGCCUAUCGCGGAGCCAACAUAAACAACGGAAGGUUCUAUCGGCACUCCUUCAGCUACGCCCCCAAAAGGCAGCGCCACUCGAGUCGGGAUGAUCGAGACCGCGAGUCUAGGUUGAGAUGUCAUGGCGAGGACGAGGCCACACUGCGCCAAUUGCUGCUCGAUUUGCAAAAGCAAGUUAGCGUGAUGAGCAUGAAUCUGUCAGCGAAACUCGAUGAGCUGCAGCGGGGAGAUCGACACCUGGAGACGACGGUGGCCCUGUGCGAGAUUCGCACCCAGCUCCAGGAGCUGACCAAAUCCGUGGAGAGCUGCCAGAGCGAGGUGUCCGAGGUGAAGCGCGACAUGGUGGCGAUCAAGCACGAACUGGACACCGUGCAGCAGGUGAAGGAGGAGAUCGAGGAGCUGCGCGAGUACGUCGAUCGACUGGAGGAGCACACGCACAGACGGAAGCUAAGACUUUUAGAACAAGGUCUCACCUUCUUCCUCACCUACUCGAUAUUCUCGGCGGUGCUGGGCAUGCUGCAGUUCGGCUACAACACCGGCGUCAUCAAUGCGCCCGAGAAGAACAUCGAGAACUUCAUGAAGGACGUGUACAAGGACCGCUACGGCGAGGACAUCAGCGAGGAGUUCAUCCAGCAGCUCUACUCCGUGGCCGUGUCCAUUUUCGCCAUCGGCGGCAUGCUGGGCGGUUUCAGCGGCGGCUGGAUGGCCAACCGCUUUGGCAGAAAAGGCGGGCUACUGUUGAACAAUGUGCUCGGCAUUGCCGGCGCCUGUUUGAUGGGAUUUACCAAAGUUAGUCAUUCCUAUGAAAUGUUAUUCCUUGGCCGAUUUAUAAUUGGUGUUAAUUGCGGCCUCAACACGUCGCUGGUGCCCAUGUACAUCUCGGAGAUAGCGCCACUGAAUCUGCGCGGUGGCUUAGGAACUGUUAAUCAAUUGGCUGUGACCGUAGGUUUACUAUUAUCCCAAGUGCUGGGCAUCGAGCAGAUCCUCGGCACCAACGAGGGCUGGCCCAUCCUCCUGGGCCUGGCCAUCUGCCCGGCGAUCCUGCAACUCAUCCUGCUGCCCGUCUGCCCGGAGUCGCCCCGCUAUCUGCUCAUCACCAAGCAGUGGGAGGAGGAGGCGCGCAAAGCACUGCGCCGCCUGCGAGCCUCUGGGUCCGUGGAGGAGGACAUCGAGGAGAUGCGGGCCGAGGAGCGGGCCCAGCAGUCCGAGAGCCACAUAUCGACCAUGGAGCUGAUAUGCUCGCCCACCCUGCGCCCUCCCCUCAUCAUCGGCAUCGUGAUGCAGCUGAGCCAGCAGUUCAGCGGCAUCAACGCCGUCUUCUACUACUCCACGUCGCUCUUCAUGAGCUCGGGAUUGACUGAGGAGAGCGCCAAGUUCGCCACGAUAGGCAUCGGCGCCAUAAUGGUUGUUAUGACGCUCGUGUCCAUUCCGCUGAUGGAUCGCACGGGUCGCCGCACCCUGCAUCUCUAUGGCCUGGGCGGAAUGUUCAUCUUCUCCAUCUUCAUCACCAUUUCGUUCCUGAUCAAGGAAAUGAUCGACUGGAUGUCCUACCUCUCUGUGGUGGCCACCCUCGGCUUCGUCGUCUUCUUUGCGGUGGGACCCGGAUCGAUACCCUGGAUGAUCACCGCGGAGCUCUUCUCCCAGGGACCCCGGCCCAGUGCCAUGGCUAUCGCGGUGCUGGUCAACUGGAUGGCCAACUUUGUGGUCGGCAUUGGUUUCCCCAGCAUGAAGACUGCCCUGGAGAACUACACGUUCUUGCCGUUCAGCGUGUUCCUGGCCAUCUUCUGGAUAUUCACCUACAAGAAGGUGCCCGAGACGAAGAACAAGACGUUCGAGGAGAUCCUGGCCCUCUUCCGGCACAACAAUGGCAGGAGUAUGCUAAACUGCACAAAUAGCUUGGAGCCACAAAGUAUGAAUUCUGGCAUCGAGCAUGCCGCCUUGAUGGUAUCCGAGGAGAAGACCCAACAUGACUCACCUGCAUCCGAGCGAUUUUUAGAAGGCGGCCGAAGUACACACCAGGGCCGGAGCGCUGCCUCUGCGCCCCAUCACCCUCGUCAGCCUCCACCUGUCUGCCCGAGCAGCGGGCCUUGACUGAGGAGCGCCUCGCCUCCUGACUCUGCCAGUGUUCGUUCCACGAGUCGCGCUGAGGAGCUGCAUCAGUCGCAUCAGUCGCAUCAGUCGCAUCAGCAGCAGCAACAGGGGCAGCAGCAACAGGGGCAGCAGGGGCACCACCAACAGCAGCAUCAGUCCCGCUAUGCCACACACGAAUACGUACACUGUAGCUAUGAGAAGGAAGUCGUAUGUGAUCAGGCCAAUUCCUCGCAAGCACCGCCACAGCAGCCAGCACCACCAGUACAUCAGCAGCAGCAGCAGCAGCACCAGCCACCACCGCCAUUGCACCACUGCCAGCAGCGCAAGCACAGCCACAGUCCGCACCACAGUCGCCACACCUCGCCGCACUCGCACCACCACCACUCGCACCACACUCGCCACAGUCGCCGGAGUCGCCGCCAGGGCAGCGGCAGUCUGCCGGGCGCCCACCAGAGCUCCGCCAACCACUCGGUGGUGCGUCCAUCGAUCUGCACCAGUCGCCGGCACCGCUCCGUCACGGACAUAUCCACGACGAACGUGUGCCAGGACCCCGCCUGCUCGGACCGGGAGGUGCAGGAGAUUAUGGUUAGACGCACCUGCUGCAACACCACUGCCACCAAUAGCUCCUCCCGCACCGAACUGGCCCAGUGCUUCGCCGAGGACCUCUACGGCUCAUCCCGACGCCCGAGCAGCUGUUGCACCAGCUCGGACUACUGCUACCAGACGGACUCGACGAGUCUGUACGGCUCCAGGUCAUCGUUGAGUCGCAACAACUCCAUCAAGUCUGCCUCGGCCCUGGUGCGUAAGCACCACCGCAGUCAGCGGAGCCUGCUGCCCGAGCACCGACACCCCAGCUACACUUCCAUAUCGCUGAGGGGCCUGAACGCCAGUCGCCCCAAUAGCCAACUGGGUUCGCUGACCUCGAUCUUCGACCGGGCCAAGAGCAUGGCGCCCGAGGGUUCCACACUGGAGCGUCAGAGCUCGAAGGGCGCACUGGGCAGCAGCGAGCUGCCGGAGUACGCCUGCUCCCCGUCGCCGAUUCGAUGGAGCUUCCUGGCCGAUGGUCGAUCGCCCUCCGAAAUGGAGGGCGCAGUCGGCGGAGGUACUGAGCGGGAGCAGGAGGAGGACAAGCUGGACGCGUGGCAAGUGCCGGAGCCGGAACCGGAAAAGAAGCCGUGCCGCAAGAUCACCACCAGCACCGUCGUUUACGACGAGGGGCCCAGCACUUCGGCAGCGGCCGCUAGGAAGCGGCGGGGCAGCAAGGGAAGUCGGGGCAGCAAGGGCAGUGGCAGCUACCAUUGUGAGUUCGAGGAUGAGGCCACCACCACGGUGAUGUUCCACCAGGAUGCCGGCGAGGCGUACAACAACUGCUGCAGCAACAACUACAACUACAUACAGUGCAACAGCUACUUGGAUCAGGACCUGCAGAUCACCAGCGAGGACAUCCAUCAGUAUCUGUCCAAGGGCGAUGCCACAGCCAGUGACAUUCUGAACAACUCCAAGAACUAUCCCUUUCAGCCCUCGAACGCCCUGGAGUUUCAGUACAAGAACAAUUUCCAGCAAGGUCAAGUCAAUGCCAAUAACAACAACACCAAUACCACCAACACCGCGUCCAGCGAUGCUGCCGAGUGUUUCCAGAACUACAGGGCCAACUCGAAGGAGACGAACCUGAAUCAGAGUUCCACGGAGCAGCUCUCGCCCACGAAUAUCAACUUGUCCACGAGCUCGAACAACAUAAACAUCGUGUUCAGCAGCAGCCUGGAGCGGAAUGCCAACGAGGUCAAGUUCAUCAACAACCGAAGUGGUGCGGCUGGUGGUUCCGAGGUGGGUUGUGAGGUGGGUCACCAUGCGGGCUACCUGCCCUACACCUAUCCCAGUUACGAUUACACGAACAUGUCGGGCAACUCGCACUUCGAGAAGUCCCUGGGCAUAGACGAGCUGCCCAAGGAGUUUGGCGGCCUGGAGGGCGCUGCAGGCGGUGGCGCCUCCACCACCAGCGAGCACUCCUCGUCGCUGCCAUCGCCACAACCACUGACGCACCACCAGCAGCUGCACCACUUCGAGUCCUUCGACGCCGCCUCCGAGCACAAUUUGCUGGCUGCCCAGCCCAUGUCGCCGGGUUCCCCGCUGUCGGGGUCCGUGAAUCCCGCCGGCGAUGACUUUGUCCAGAUGCACCACUACCAUCACGCCAACUCACCGCACUCACAAUCGCACCACAGCCACGCCCACACGCACACCCACGGCCACCACGUGCACCACCUGCUCAACCACCCCGCCUACGAUCUAACCGACGACCAGUUCCGGUUGGGAUCGGCCUUGAAGCGAGUGCGCAAGCGAGCACGCAAGUACACCGAUUUCCUGCGCAAGAAGUGAGCGGUGGCGGUCACGGUUACGGACUCACUGCAUCCCGAAUCCUGCAUCCUCCCCUAGAUUCACCCUACUUUGGCCGCAAAUACCUGGUGGUCUCGAAGCGGCGAUCGCAGAGCCUGGACGAAGACUAAUCAUGUGGCGACUGGACAAGCAAUAGGACAAGCCGAGGAAGCAGCGGUGUUGUUCGGCCGAUCGAGUACCAUAUUUACAUUUAAUUACAAUUUUUACACUGCCAAAAAGUUAAGAGAAUUAAAGUUAAUUUUUGCUAAGCCAAAGCUCUGUUUAAAGCGAGACAGAUCAGUCAGAUCAGACACAUGAUGCACUACGGAAAGGGUGGAUUUGCAAGGGUGGUUCUCUUGAAGUUAUAUGGGUGGUUAUCCGUACAAUUUGAAGUGAAACAUUUUAUGAAGUUCCCCAAGGAAUCUUGGAGCACUUGUAAAUACUUGUACCUCCCAGAAAUUCACUCGGCCCAAUGCACAAGCCACACACACGAAUCACAUCAGCUGCAAACACAAGAGAAAGUGGAAGAUGAACAACGACUAUUUUAAAUAAUGAAAAGAAAGAAAUACUUAAGCUAACAGUGCGUAUACAUAAUAAAUACAAGCGGUAUCAGAGGAGGGCAUUUGUAUAUUCAACUUAAACAUUAAGCGAAGGUUUUGAAUUUGCAUAUUUAAAUUGACUAAACCCAUAUACAUAGUUAAGAGCCAAGGCAAAUGGAAAUAAUAAUGCACACCUACUCAAGCCUAGAUGAUAGACAACCAAUCUAACAUACCAGUUAAAGCUAGCUAUAAGGAUGCGAUCAGAUGGAUCAGAUAGAUCAGAUCGAAGCAGAGCCACAAGAUUUAGAGUUUCAGCAACUGCAAAUGCAAACGCAACUGUAACUAAAUAAAGAAAUUAACCAUUAAUUAACAAACAAAACCGCAAGAAAAGAACAGCAACUGUAGUUUGGCACACUAAGGACAACAAGUUUAAUGUUACAAAAACGAGUGUUAAGAUUACACAGAAAAAAGUGAGAGUUUUGUUAGCAUUUAUUUGAUAUGCGCGUUUUUUCAGGGACUGCUUGCGAUUUUUGUAAUAAAGCAAUAAGCCGUUUUGCUCAAGGAUUAAAUACGAUUAAAUACGUUUGCGUUUCACCCAGAGACCCACAAUCUUUUUCGAUUUCUCCGCGAUUCGUUUCAAGUGUAUUAUCCCCCAACAACUGUCUUCCAAUUAUACUUUCUAGUCGUAUCUCUCGUAGAUUCAGUUGCUCUCAAAAAUAACUUAAACAUCUAAUUGUAAACUAAGCACUCCAACUUAUUUUAAUGGCCGUUGAAUCAGACGUACCUUGCGUGAGAACAAAGAAAACCGAGAAAACCGAGAAAACUGAGAAAAUUGUAAAUAACUGCUGUUGAUUAAUUAAUAACCUAAUUUACGAGUAACUACUAAAUGAACUUUAUUUGUAGUCUUUAGCCGUGGCGAAUCAUUAUGAAUUAGUGAACCGAAAAUAAUAAAUAUAAAUGCACUGCCAAAAACAAAGGUUUUAAAUAAAAGAACAACAAGAACACGAUCCACUGCGAGACUCAAACGAAAAACACUAGAGGAUCAAGUUCGCGAAACCAAAUCGAAAAUGAAAACUGCUGUAAAUAUAAGAAUGAAUACAUAUAGAGAAAUCAUAGACAUUUUUUAAAGGCACAUUAAUUAACGAGGAGCAUGCAAUUUGCAGAUUUUUUACAUUAUUUUAAUGAACUAAGAAAAACAAUAAUGAGUUAAACGGAGCUACGAAACCGAAAAAAAACCAACAAAAAAUUCAAAUGCCACGCGGCCGUGCGAUUUUGUAACAAAAUCAAAAGACAGAAUGUUAACAUUGCGUAAAGUUAAAUCAAGUAUAUAAAACCAAAACGAAAAACGAAGAAUUAAACAGGCACCUCAAAAUGGCGUUAAGGUGCGAGAACUGGGCACCGGAAACGGAAACGGACUGGUCUUAAGUUGUGUGCACUAUUCGAACUGUAAAUAACAGAUUCUGAUCUGCCGAAACAAUUAGCCCCCAAAAUGCAUCCCCAAAACAACGGACCGAGUUAGAGAAAUUAUCCGCUAAUAGGAAAACUACUAUGGGAAACAGCUAGAACCGCGGCAAAUCCCCUUAAAGUUCACGUAGCAAGGACACACACUUACCAAUUAACCCGAAGGACCGAUUUUCGGGCCACGAUAAUCACACACAAAAGAACAGAAGUUAAGGCCAGCUGCAGGAAGUAGUGAGAUGCCGAUUGAGAAAUAUAGCUGAAUUAACACAAUUAACAAUGGCAUUAUACCCUAGCGACUUUUUUUACCUGUUUGUACUUUAGUUGGUGGUUCGGAUAUGUUCUAGCAUUUGUCAUAGCCACAUAUAGUUGUGUACAUAACUAGUUAAAAUUGUGCAUACAGAACGGUUAUCUUAAGUAUAUAAAUACAUGCAAAGGUGAAUAUUAGCCAGGCCCAGAAGAAAAACACUUAAACUAUACAGACUUCACAGACUUUACAGACUUUACAGACUUCACAGACUUGACAGACAGAUUCGUGUUCCGACACACUGAGAAUAUGCGGUGCAGAGAGGCGGAAUAAUAAUUAUAUUAUUAAUAUACAACAAUAAACUUGAACCUAGGUAUAUGAUUCUGAAUUUAAAUAAUUUUUAGUAAGGCAGAGCAAAGAAACCAGAAGCAAAAGCAAAACGGAAACUCUAAACACUUGAAUGAAAUUAAAAGACAACUUAUUAAAAAUACAAAUAAAAAUUGAUGAAUUAAGUAAAGUAAAUUGCUCAAUUUAGCUGAGAGUAUAAAUAAAGAAUUAUACGUUAAGUAAUAAUUUCAAAAUA